AUUGAUCAUCAAUGAUUGAUGAUCAAUGUCUUUGGUCUCAAAAUACUAGAUUCCCGAGCCGUAACCAAGAGACCCGAUAAAUUGACAGUUGUUCAAAUUCAGCCAGUCAAUGUCAUUGAAAAUUCUGACUUUUUUCAUUAUUUGUUAUUAUUUUGAUCGUUGAAUAAAUCGUUAAUUAAAUAAGUACUUAAUAAUUUAUAUUUAAAAUGGAUGAAGAAGCAAUAGAAACGAUAAGAGAGUCGAGCCGUAGUAUACUGGUGUUGAAUAGGCGUAAGCAUCGAGACGAAGAGGCGGAUGACCGGCGAUCAAUGAGCAAUGCCUUGCGCAUAACAACUGAUACAGUACUACACAUAUCAAAUAAAUUGAAAACAAAGGCGUCUAUAAGUUUGCCCGAGCUUCAGAUGUUAAAGAAUGCUCUGAUGGAUGAUGUCUCCAACAUAGAGACAGUGUUGCAAACUAAUGGGGCUCUCAGAGGACUGGUCAGAGAGAUGAUUGGUAAUGAGGUGAACAAGCAGUGUGCCGCUACCGGAUGCUGUUGUAACUUGGCACUAGGGGAUGCUCGAGCUGGUAUUGCCGUAGCCAAGGCAGCUGGUCCAUACCUGAUCACCGCCUUACAUAACUAUGCUACAGAAUUGGCUGUCACAAGUGCAUGGACAAUAGGCAACCUAGCUGGGUCUGGACCUAAGGCGUGCGAGUUGCUUUCAGUACAAGGUGCCAUAACGGAGCUAUGCAACCUCCUUCCUAAUGGUAAUGAAGAGAUCAGAGAAGCAGCACUCUAUGCUCUCGUGCACUUUGCUUAUCAGUUACGAGAUAGAUUGAGCUCGGAACACUUGCACGGCCUAUUCCGGAUCCUCCCUCACCUGAACGUAGCUGUGUCGUCACAGCUGCUCUUCAUCGUCUCGUGCCACGCGGAGUUCCCUCACAACUUGGUCACGGAGGACUUCGUACAUAAAAUGUUACGGUACCUCACAGUGAGUAUCGAAAAAUCACAUCCCAACGAUAAUGUCAUUUACCUCUUUAGAACCCUAGCGAAUUUUAACUCUCCAGAAGUGUGUGAUAUAGUUCUAAGUAAUUUUGUGCUAAAUAAUAAGAUCAAUGUAAUCAAAAAGUUGCUUGAUAAUGAGAAUGUCAAAGAUUCUGUACUGUGGUUCUUAGGUAAUGCUUAUAAAUGGCGUAGUAAACACGAGUUCUUCGAGAAAUUGCUUAAAUAAAUGUACUGUACUUACUUACUUUUAAGUUUUGAUAUAAUCCUGUACCUUAAAUAAAUACUUAACUAUAUAGGCAA